GUAAUUUUGAAUAAGAGCCUUUUGUUGUGCACUUGUCUGGUUUAAACUACCCCGGACCUGCAAAGACCAUCACAUGGCGCAGUGCUGUGUCCGGUCUGUGUAGCCAAGUUAGUAUAAAAGUUAUUACAACGCUGAACGUGCCAGGUUUCAAGAAUGUGGAGACCAAAUUCUGUCUUCUAUUUAAGUGUACUCUGUCUUGUGUACUUAUGUUGUGGGCAGAAGAUAAUGGCUAUUUAUUCCAUGGAUGAAAAUUCCUACACUGGAAAUGAAGGUUUGCUUGUUAUUAAUUACGACACGGAUGCACAGAUACGAUUGAUAGGUGCAGAUCUGACUAAUUCCACUAUGCUGUACUUGACGCCUCAUGUAUCGGACUGUGACGGCGGGCCAGCGUCCAGAAUAUCUUACGUGAGUACAAUCAAUGGAUUAAAUGGCGUGGUGGAGUUGACAUUACACAGUGACAGUAAAGAUGAGUACUUGUACAUGUGUGUCAAGGACGACAACGACAGCUCCACCAAAUACACCCAUCAAGGUGUUGAGAGCUGGUUGACAUUUAACGCCAAACAAAGAGAAGAUUCUGGUGGCUACUACAUGCCGCUGGCCUUGCAGAUUUUAUGCUGCGGUGUCCUGCUGUUGCUGUCAGGACUUUUUAGCGGGCUGAACCUAGGACUGCUCGCUUUGGACCAGACGGAGUUGAAGAUAAUCAGCAAAGCGGGCUCGGAAAAGGAGAAAAAUUGGGCCAAGAGGAUUUCUCCACUUCGAAAACGAGGUAACUUUCUGUUAUGUACAUUUCUGCUGGGCAAUGUUAUUGUCAACAGCACGUUCACGAUCUUGUUCAGCAACAUGACCGACGGGCUGAUUUCCCUCAUCAGCUCCACCAUUGGCAUCGUCAUCUUCGGCGAGAUUGUGCCUCAAGCAAUAUGCUCACGCCACGGCCUGGCGGUGGGCGCCAACACAUACUGGCUGACGAUCCUUUUCAUGGCGCUCACCUUUCCAGCUUCCUACCCAAUUUCCUUGAUCCUGGAUAAAAUUUUGGGCGAGGAAAUAGGCCAGGUUUACAGCAAGGAUAAAUUGCAGGAGCUCAUCAAAAUGACGGCGGACAGCCGAGUUCUCCAAGACAACGAGGCUAACAUCAUGUCCGGCGCCAUGCAGUUGACGAACAAAUACGUGAAAGACGUGAUGACCAAAAUAGCCGAUGUCUUCAAGCUCGGCAUAAACAGAACUCUCAACUAUGAGACCAUGACAGAAAUAAUGAAGCAUGGUUACACCCGUGUCCCUGUUUUCGACUCGGAGAAUAAUAUUACAUAUUUGCUGAACACAAAGGAUCUCGCUCUGAUCGAUCCCGACGAUUGCAUUCCGCUCAGCACUGUCUGCAAAUUUUACGACCAUCGACCUCUCUACGUCGACCACGACUGCAAACUGGAUACCAUACUCCAGGAGUUUCUAAAAGGAGAUUCCCACAUGGCUGUGGUACAAAAGCUUCACAACAAUGGCAAUCACGAUCCUUAUUUUGAGACUCUUGGCAUUGUGACUCUGGAAGAUGUCUUGGAAGAAAUUCUUCAGCGGGAGAUCAUAGACGAAAAAGACGUGAUCCUAGAAAACCGCCAAAGAGUGCCUCGAGCACGAAGUAGGCCAGAAUUCGAAAUACUUGGAGCUGAAGUUCAAAGAUACAAAUUGCCUAAACAGUUGGCCUUUGUGGCUUUCCAGUAUUUAAGCACAUCCGUGAAGCCAUUUUCUGAAGAUCACGUGGCAAAGCACGUGCUGCUGAACCUGAUAAAGAAAGACAUUGUCGUCAACCUAAAACCAACAGAUCAGGUUACACAGAAGAACUACAUCUACCAGAAAGGCGUCCCUUCUAACAAAUUCGUGCUCAUUCUUCAAGGCAACGUGGAGGUUAUAGCUUGCGGAGAAAAUAUGGUGUUUGAGUGUGGACCUUUUAGCUACUUUGGAGUGGACGCACUCGAUCUCGUAAGGAGACAGUCAUCACUAAAUGUGGUGAAAGCCGCGGAUUAUGUGCCCGACUUUUCAGUCCGAGCAGUCUCGGACCUCCAAUAUUUGUGCAUUGACAGGUCGAUGUAUCUGGUAGCCCUGAGAACAACGAAGAUGUUACGUAACUCUGGAAGUAAAGCUGUGACCGAGACGUUUGAGGCUGAAAUGGAAAAAAUGGCGUCUAAGCUGGAAAGUUAUGGCAGCAGUGGUUUUGGUAGCUACGCCAGUCCUACCAUGGCAGUCAAGUCUUUGCACAAUGACUUUGGUGGUGAGAAAAUGCGUUUAACCACAUCAUUAGACCACUCAGCGUUCAUACAAACAUGUCUCUCCUCUCCAGCAGAGCUUCACAAGUCUUGUCGCUCUAUUUCAUCAGACACCAAUAAAGAGAAUCUUGAAGUUAAAAAAGAAACCUGUAAUUCAUUGCCAAACUAUUUCCCCAUCGUUCAACCAAUUAUUCCCAAGAAAGGUGAAAGUGGCGAUACGGAAUCUGCUUUCCUCAUCCCACCAGCAGAGACUUCCACCAACCCAUUUCAUGUGUCAUCGCCCAUGACAAGCAGCCACACAGUUCCAGCACUAGGCACUCCACCAGCAUGGAAGCGUGGAAUGGGGGACAGGAUAACGUCUCCGCUAGGCAGCCCAAACGAACGUCAAGUUAUCAUUACAGUGACAAACUGUGAAGAUGAAACCAUCGUUUUUGAAAAGAUUCCUUUGAUAUCUCCCAAAUCUUCGCCCUUACCGUCCAACACAACAGAUGAUUCAAUGGUGCCAACUCUAAGUCAAAACAAGUACGAUGAUCUGGCACUUCUCUUGUCACAAAAUGGUGGUAGAGUUACUAAGUAAAAAAAAAAAAAACACUCAAUUAUUAUUUUCCUUUUGUCAUUUUCUUUAUUCCAAUUUAAUUAAAUUUUUAUGAAUGUUAAUAGUUGAAAUGUCCAUACCACUUCUAGUCUGUCCAA